GUUGUCAAGGUGAUGUGACGUGCCAACGUGUCUUCGUGCCAUGGCAAUGAUCAUGUGCUCAUUUUCAUUAAUUAUUUCGCUUCGUUUUGUAUUCCGAUAAGAUGUUUAUCAGUCAAGGAAGCUCCCUAAUUCGAAAAUGUCCAAUAAACUAGUCAAAAUUUGUUAAAAUUGAUAAAUGUGUAACGUAAUUUUUAAUUCUGUUUGAGAGGAAAGAUGAGGGUGCUAUUUGUGUACAUAUGUAUAGUUCAUUUUGUUUUUGUCUGUGGACACCCACUUGGCAACAUCUCCACCACAUUUGUGGACAACUGGUCUAGCUACUGGUUCUUAAGACUGAUGGUUAAUAUUUUAGGAUAUGCGACCGUGCUAGUUCCUGGAGCUAUUAUUAUUUUUAUGAUUAAAAGAUCAAAUUAUCUGGAUAGAAAAGAUAAAUCCUGCAUUCAAAAAUGCCUACAACUGUGUAUUUAUGGAACUCCAGAAGACAGGUCCAGCACCGAAAAUGUGCAGACUAAACUUACCUUUUCAAAUGGUGAGAAAAGCACAUAUCAAGAAGCCUUCCAGUUACUUUUUUGUUUCUUUGGACUUCAGAUAUCGUAUUUGACAUGGGGAGUUCUUCAAGAGAAGAUCAUGACUCAAAAAUACAAAGAUGUUUUGGGAGAAACUCAGAUAUUUACAGAUUCUCAGUUUCUGGUUUUUGUCAAUAGAGUUUUGGCAUUUAUUUUUUCUGGUGUGUAUAUAUUAAUUUCUAAGCAACCUCAUCAUGUUGCUCCUCUAUACAAAUAUUCUUAUUGCUCGUUUUCCAAUAUAAUGAGUAGCUGGUGUCAAUAUGAAGCUCUGAAAUUUGUUAGCUUUCCAAUACAGAUUCUGGCUAAGGCUUCAAAGAUCAUUCCUGUGAUGCUGAUGGGGAAGGUGGUGUCGAAGAAGACAUAUAGUUUGCAUGAGUAUGCCUCGGCAGUGAUGAUUUCAGUAGGAAUGGUCCUCUUUCUACUCUCACAGGGAGAACAGCUUGACAGAGGCACGGUCACUUCCUUUUCCGGCUUUGUCAUAUUGGUAGGUUAUAUGUUGUUCGACAGCUUCACUUCCAACUGGCAGGGCAAGCUUUUUAAUCAGUAUCACAUGUCUUCAGUUCAGAUGAUGUGUGGAGUCAAUCUGUUUUCCUGCAUCUUUACGUCCGUAUCACUGUUGCAGCAAGGUGCAUUUUACAGAUCAGUCUCCUUUAUGUUUCAGUUUUCUCAAUUUUUUAUGGACUGUGUGCUGUUGUCUAUCUGUUCUGCCAUGGGGCAACUGUUCAUAUUUUACACCAUAUCUCAGUUUGGACCAGUGGCAUUUGUCAUCAUGAUGACCGUAAGACAAGCCAUUGCCAUAUUAUUGUCUUGCCUGAUCUACCAGCAUCCCUUAAAUAUAGAGGGUGGAAUUGGCAUCACCAUUGUUUUUUCAGCAACUUUUUUUAAAGUUUAUUAUAAUCGUAAAAUUAAGUUAGCCAAGCAGGCGCAGAAAAUGAAGAAAGAUCUGUUAAACGGACAAGCAGUUUAAAUUGUUAAACAAUGUAAUUUUAUAUCAGGACGAGAUUUUAUGCUUUUAUUUCACUGUUUGCAAAGAACAGUUAAGAUUUUAAUGUAUAGAAAUGAAAAGAGACUAUUUCUGUGAGGAUCCUCUUCCCGUUUUUUACCUAAAGUAAAUUUUAGCUGCUGUUACAAAUAGCAAUACAUUUAAACUGUUGUUUUAUUUUUUAUUUAUUUGAUAUUUUCACCGAGUAGAAUUUAGAACUUGGAGAACUCUGAUUUGAUAAAGUUUGGAGAUAAACGUGAUGCACAGAAUUUGCCUAUUAACUUAUAUGGUGCGCACAUCUGUAUAUUUUAAUUACUGAACUAGUCUGUCAUGUUCGAAAUUAGAAGUAAAUUUCUGAUUGUGUAAAAAUUGUUUUGCGUUGCAGCUUAAAAACUUAAAGCAAUAUCUGAGUAAUUGCAUUGAAAUGGCUUGUAUUUCAGUUGAAAUUUGACCAUGCAUUGAUGGUCUUAUAUAUUGCUUAGUCAAGAAAUCUCAGCUUUGUUCUUUUAUGUUUUGUACUGUUUUAAGGUUUGUGCAACUUAAAAAGUAUAGGUAGCACAAUAGUUGGUUAACCAGGAUAUAAGCACUAGGUUUUUUGUUAAAUUGCUUUCAAUGAAGCAAUAAUCACAAACCAUUCUUAAACUAUAUCUUUGUUAAUUGAUUUUUGAGCCACCCUAUGUAUAACUGACAGUGUCUAUUUAUAUUCGCGCACAAGAUUUUGCAAAUUGAUAAAAAAAAAAUUAAUUUUAAUAAUCAAGUAUAAAUGCUGUUAUAUUAACCCAAAUGUUGAAACUACUGUUUGAUAAGUUUUAUUCUUUUGCUGAAUUUUUACUAGUGAACAAGUUUACAUGAUUUGCUUUACAAGAAUCGUUGCAAAACUUGAUUUACCAUAAUGUGUAAAUAUAUUUUCUGUGCCAUGUGAAAUCAAAAUAAUGUCAUAUUUGCAGGAUGGAAUGCAUUCAGAAUAAUCUGGAGUCCGUUUUGAACAUUCAGAUUGCAUUUAGCAAAUCUUCGGAGUUGGCCCAUCCUCCGACAACUCGAAAAGACUAGGCGGAACCAAGUUUAAAUUGUUAUGCAUUGACAUAACCUUUGUUUGAAUCUAUGUAUCAGUCAUCGCAAGAUGAUCUUGAAUUUAUUUCUUCCCGUUAAAAUAAGUGGGCAUUGAAAAUUCUACUGUUACAAGAUCUGUAAACUGUGAUAUUAACUUUUUUUGUGAGAAAAACUUUGUUCCUUUUGUUUUUUGUAUUAAAAAUGCAAUGCAAGAUAUAUUGUAAUAUUUUUGAAAUGCAAUUAUUCCUCAUUAAAAUGUGUUUGCAAUAUUUUUGAUACUUUAUUAAAAGUGUUAGGAAAUUGGAAACAGCUUUGUUGUAAGAGCUUGAUAAAUUUGGAUUUGUAAAGAAAACAUUUGAUGUUUUAAGUAGAAAACAUUUGUUUUAUAAUGAUGGAUUGAAUUUUCAUUAGUGCUACUAUAUGGGCAGUCAAAAAGUUCCUGGAAAUUGGAAUAGCACCGUAAUAGUGGAAAUUCGUACUUAAUCAUCGUCAAAGUAGUAUCCUUCAGCACACCCACACUUGCUCCAUUGAUCCUGUUGUUGUUGGAAGGCUUGUUUUGGAAUAUUUGGGAGUUUGACCAUCAUAUUUAAUUUGAUGUCUUCCAUGGUUGAGAAAUGCCCAUUCAUGGUUUCCUCGAGACUCGUGUUCAGCUUAGGGACAGCAAAAAAUACCUUCAAGCAAGAUCUGGUGGUUGGGCUUUUGUUGACAAGGAAUUGCAUUAUAAGUGAUGAGUGACUCAGUGCAUUAUUGUGAUGCAGAAAUCACUCUCCCCCACUUCUUGCGCCAUUCUGAAUCGCAUCUAAAAACCUAUGAAAAACUUUCACAUAGAAAUGACCAGUAAUACUCACUGGCUCUCACUAUAAAUGACUUUUGCUGUUCUGAUGCUGAAAAUGAGUCUCAAGACAUUUUGCAUCUUUGAGGACAUGAGAUCCAAUGCAACAGCUGAACUCCUGAAUAUUCUAAAAGAAGCCAUUCAAUAAUGGCAGGGUCAAUGAGGCACGUUUGGAUAGAAUUUAACAUAUUCUUAGACUAAGUUUAACUCUAAUCAUAUGUAUACAAAUGUGAACUCAUAUCCUGCAGACCUAACUUAGCCUACCCUUCAUAUCUAGAAACAUUUUGCAGUGGUUUAUCCCAAUGUGUCGGCAUCAUUCCUUGUCAUUCCGCUACACCAUUGUGGAUCUGGCUGAAUCCACAAUGAGUAUGGAUAAAAGGUCAUCUUACUGCCCACAGGGUAAAGUUUAAAAAUAAUAGAUACUUUGUAAUAGUAGUUACUCAAGUCUCACUUGUCCUGAUCCACAAUUGACCUUGAUUCAAUUACAGAUCAGAUAUAUUUGUAAUAGAUAAAGCUCACCAGUAGUCGAGGGGAUAAAGCCACAAUACUAGUGGUUGCAGGUUUGUAAAAAAAAUUACCAAUGGGUGAGCUGUGGAAUUUUCUGCGUCUAGGUAUUUGUGUUAGUCACAUCGAAAUAGAGGCCAGUUUCCCCAUAGAAAGUGUUCUCCGGAAGCACUACAUUGACAAAUUGCCCAAGUGUUGCAUUUCUAUAUAUCAACAAAUCAAAAUAAUAGGUAAAAUCUGCAAUUCACGUAGACUGGUGUCUGUAAUACAGAAUCCAAUACAACUUUUCCAUUAAACGAGGGUUUAAUUUUAAUAAAGGUUGCUGGAAUUGGUAAGGAUGGAAACAAAAAUCCUCAACAAUAUUGUCCGCAAUAAUUAUUGUAUAUACGCGUCCAAAAGUUAAGAACUGACGACGUUUGUACAUGAAUACUUCUUUAGACGAAGGCAGACAAAUAAGGCAAGAGUUAUAUUACUCGAUAAUGCAUGUACAAAUAAAAGUAAGUCUAGUGAAAAGGAUAUAGCAGUUGGACGUAGGUGAAGAAUGGAUGGAAAGUGCUUACUAAUAUACAGGUAGAGAACGUCUGUAUGGAAUAUAUCCAUUCCAACUGCGAUGCAGAACUCACGACGUCAUGCAAACUCGUCAAGUGACUUUUUCUGGUUAUCACCGCUAGCGACCUUUAAGGUGGCAGUUUACCUUUCUGGUAACCCGGGAUCGAAUCUGGAUAGGUCGAAAACAUCCACGGAGAUUUCUCUGCAUGGAAUUUCCAUCCGUAUAUACUCAAUUUUCCAGAAAAUCCUGUCGGAAGUCACUCGCCUUGGCCCAUGUGUUGCGUUGCCUUAAAAGAUCAAUCCAAUUCAAUUAUCCAGUCCAUCCAUUAGUGGCCGAGUGGAUAAAACCACCGAACAUUCGUAGUUAGUCGUGGAUUCGCGCCUUGCCAACUGACUCGCCUCGAGUUCUUCACGUUUGUACCUAAGUAGUACCACUUUCCCAUAGAAAGACACUUCAGGAUGCAAAUACAAGUAAUCAAAUUCAAUUAUCCUCCUCAUCUUUCGCGUGCAUGUAUAUAAUCACUAUAGAGAGCAUUCGAAUAAAAUAUUUAUAAUUAAUUGUAAAAUAUACACACAGGCAUUAUUGAAUUUCAACUCUAAUACAAUAACGUUAUUUCGAAAAACAGAAUCAAUGCAAAUUAAUAUUUAAUUUGAUUCGCUUCAUGCAUUUGUUACUUUCUCUGUUUUUGAAUGAAUUAAUUUAAAAUUAUCUUAAUUAUAAGUUAGUAAAGUAAAUUAUAUGAGGGUUUGUUCAAGGAAAAACGAUAAAUUUAGAUAAUUAUUUUUAAUAUUGUCACGUGUGUGUAUGGUUAGCCACGCUAAUAAGUUUAUAUAAUCAUUCAUAUAAUAUAAUAAUGAAUCAAUAGAGAUUCAUACGCAGUAGCCUUAUAUACUGUAUAAAGCUGGUUCAUAAAUUAUAUAUUAAAUCAUAAAUUACACAGUUACUUUAUAUUAUAAAUAGGUUUAUACAAGUUUAAUGAUCCUCUGUGAUUAAUUUAAAAUAUUGCUAUUGAUUUCUGACUGCCCCUACGUGGCCGAGUGAAUACUAGUAUAUAGUCACGAGUCAUGGGUUUGCGCUUCAUCAAUGUGGGAUUUUCCAGGUUUUUAAAUGUCUUACGGCUAAAUAGGAAUCAGUUUCCCAUAGAAAUUCUUCCCGAGAGGCACCCCUCAUUUGCAGAUCGCCAUAUUUCAUCCAAUCCAUUCUUGACGUGUACCCAGUUGAAGAUCGGACCUCAUGCAAUAGAGCAAGUUGACGUUUCUAUCGAUUUCCAAGCUCAAAACUCACAUUGUGAAGAUGCCUAAACUCAUUGACAUCAUUGUAAUGAUGUCGAGACCCUUAUAGUCAAUUGCAUUAGUUUCUAAAUAUAAAUAUAGUUCAUUAUAAACAGUAUUUAGCUUAGAAAAUUUAAAGCAGUACUAAAUACAUUCUGUAGAACAAUUUAUUGUUAUAUCUAUUUAACGAAUAACUUUUUCGCAUAAUGUUAAGGUUUAAGGAUACAGAAAUAAGGAAAUGUUUCAGAAUUUCCUGCUCAUACCUCGUGGCUAUCUGUUAU